GGAGGCGUGACGUCACUACGCGUUUGACACUCGGGCCUGCCGCACGCUGCCGAGACUGCGCGCCGAAGAAAGUUGUCCCUCGCCCGCCACCAACCCGCACCAACCCCCCGGUGGUGCGAGCGAGAACUUUGCAAGGCCUGCACCUUAACGUCACUUGAUUCGGGCGACGAGUGAGGAGACCUGAGAGAGAGAUAAGAGAGAGAGAGAGCAGGGGCCGCCUAGGCGAGCGAGGCCCGGAGUGAGGAGCGAGGCACGCGUGAGGGAGCCGGGGAGUUGCUGCGCGCCAUGGAACUCGCGGCUCUCGGGGGAGACGCGGGAGACGCCAUCCGCGACCUGGGGUACGCGCUGCCCGCGGGCGGCGUGCAGGACGUGUGUCAGCUGGCGGACGGAGGCCCGGCCUCGCCCGACUUCACGCAGCUCUGUGCCUGGCUCACCAACCAACUCCGCGCCGUGUGCACUCUGGAGGAGAACCUCACAGCCACCAGCGAUCCCGAGGAGGCGGAAACCUUCCAGCUGGAGGUGAGCGGUCUCAUGGCGGAGCUGUGCUGCCCGUACCCGGCGCUCACCACUGGUGACGCCACGCAGCGGCUGAGCUCGGCCCAGCCCUGCCUGCAGCUCCUCUUGUUCCUCGCGACGGAGCUGCAGGCAGCGCGCGUGCUGAGGGCAAGGCAGGUGUCCCAGCAGGCACCGCCAGCGCAGGGAGAGCUCAGCGCUGAGCUCGGAGCCAUCUGCUGCUGUCUGGGGCUGGGGGAGCAGCCGGUGGCUGACGAUUUCGCGUGCAUCUUCACCCCUAUCCAGGACAAGGUCGUGCAGGUGCUGGGCAAACUCCCGGGGGCCACGGUCGAGAAGCCUCUCCUGCAGGCCGAGCUGUCACCCCCACAGUGGGAAAGGCUGGAAAACAUUAAUCAAGUGAUGCUCAGCGAGUAUGAACUGCGGAGGAAGAUGUUGCUGAAGCGUCUUGACGUCACAGUGCAGUCCUUCGGCUGGUCUGAAAAGGCUCAGAUGCACGUGGACUCGGUGGCACGUGCGUACGUGCCCAAGCGCGCCGCCCUGUCCCCACGGCCGUCCGUGUCGCUGGCCCACGUGCUGGCGGCGCGCGCCGACCUGUCCCGCAUCGUGAAGACGACGGGCGGCGAAGUGCGCGCGCACACGGCCUGCUCCGUCAACAAGGUGCUCAUGGGACAGGUCCCCGACAGGGGUGGCCGUCCCCGGGAGAUGGGCCCUCCCGCUGCCGACAUGCCCUUCUGGCAGAAACGGCAGAACGACCCACGCGGAGGCCGUGGUCGAGGAGGCGGUUGGCAGGGGGGCGGCCGGGGGGGCCAGGGUGGGGGCCAGGGUGGGUGGCAAGGCGGUGGCUACAGUGGUGGCCGUGGGGACUGGGGUGGGGGUGGCCGUGGAGGGCGGCGUGGUCAAGGCAAAUGGUGACGUCACUGAAGCUUUCCGUGAGCAUGCACCACGCUCCGUUAUUGCGUGGAAUUUUUAUUUUUUCAAGAGUACCACUUGUGAUGAAUGAUCAGCUUGGGUAUUUUAAUACCACUAUAAAUUAAAAUGCUUCCCUUUAAUGUAGUUCACACGAUGCUGGUAAAGUGAAGCUGGUAUACAAAUUUCGACUAAUUGAGGACCCUUGUGCAGAGAAGUAUUUUUUGUUGCAUUUGAACGAGGGGGAGUGGUUAUGGAAAGAAUAAGUGCAAAAAGUUAGAGACGUCAACAAUGGUUUUGCAAAAUUUAGUUCGCCCUGCAUCCCUCAAAUAAACUAGCCGAGUGCAGGGUUCAUCGCGUGUGCGAUUCCCUCCCUGUUUUUCCAAAGUCAAUUGUAAGACAUUGCAAGUGUUUCCCAGACGAUAUAUUUUAAAAUAUUGAGCUGGGCAAUGUGUGUUUUUACAUUUUCUCCUAUCCUGCACACAUUUCUUUUAGAGGCUAUCAGAAUAUCUUUUAUGUUGGCUUACAUAAAUUAUUCGUCCAUAUGAAAGAAGAAGAUUCUAUAAAUUGUGAAGUCAUGAAUUAAUUUACUAUUGUAGACAUUUGUUAUACACUGCAAAAUCUUAUUGAAUCACAUUUAACAAAGUCGAUUUCUUUUAUAUUUACAUUAUUUUGAGUUAUGACUGUGAUUAAGUGUAGCCUGCGUUUGUUGUAUUAUUUUAAAAUAUCACUCCGUUGUAGUUGGUCAACAUUAAGAUACAGUCUAUUUCAGUGUUAUACGAAUGAUCAAGUAUUGCUGCUGAUGAAUGGCUGUAGAGAAUUGAACCAUUGUUUUUCACAGCAUAUAGAGCAUUAUAAAGUUAGGCCCUAAUCCACUGCGCUUGCCCCGUCUUAGUUGUGUUUUGUUUACUGAAUGGAGUACACAGACACACAGCAAAGCCUCCUCGUGCUGGGCAGGACGACAGCACUCGGUAACAGAUCUUGGGUCAGUUCAUGUCCGCACCGUUCAUUUAACCAGGUGAGAGCAUGUCAGAUUUCAGUACUAUUUUUGAAGGAUAUGGAGAUGCCUUCAUCCAACAGUGGACUGAUUAUGGCUGGUGAUGAUAAUUUAGAAAAUAGGUAGUCAUUUAAGUGGGAAUACUAUUUUGUAUUUGAAUAUUUUGUAUUUAAUGUGUGCCGACACUUGCAGAUAAACAGCUUGUGAGUGCUGUGAUCUCUGACAUCCACGAUACAGCAGUCACUUUGCUCUCGGAAAUCGACAGGUCACUGGAGGAACUGAACGGCCAACUGCAGCAGGGGUGGCACAGUGCUUGGGUUUGCUUCCCAACUCGGGUUCCUUUCUGCGUAGAGUUUGUAUGUUCUCUCUCCGCCUGUUCUGAUUUUUUUCUCUGAGUUCUUCGGUUUUCUCCUGUCGCUAAAAUAAACUGGUAUUGGCCAAACAUCCCAAUUCUGAAAGAUUAUAUUAAGAUUAUUCAAUGGGGAUUACACAACUUUUUAGGACACUCCUGAAAAAGAAUUGAAACUCGGUGAAACUUUCCUGGGUAAACAGGCGUAAAUAAAUACUAAGUAAACUUUUAUUUUACCAGGUAAAGCCCACUUAGCAAUUUUUUCAGAAGUGAUCUGGCCACAAACGAAAGCUGAAGUGGCUUAUCACGUAGAAAUGUAUCGCAGCCAAAUUUUCUAAACUUGUUUUUAAAUAUGGAGGGAAAAACCAGAGCACCUGGAGAAAAAUCCACACGACUACUGGGAAACUCCAAAUAUACAGGCGUCAGUGUUGGGAUCGAACCCACAACCUCCUGUAUACCAGGCAAGGUAGUUAACAUGUCACCACUGUGGCGCCACAUUGUCUCAGUGAAGAGACUUGACCACUGCUGUGAGCCACGGAAUACAACAAUGUUACAUCUUUGACACAUCUUAAUGUUGCCAACAAGUUUUGUCUUCAAUAAGAGGGCAUAAAGAUUGUCUCUUGUAUUCUGUCAACAGAUCCUGUAGGCAGGGUGUGAACAACUUUCGGAAAUGGAAUAUCUAAAUAUUUUCACCUGAAAUGAGUAAAUCUGUUAGCGUGGCGUCGUGAUGAACUGUUCACAACAGUUGAAACCUCAUCUUUCAAGCAGAGUUUGGCGACAUUCUUUUGAGUGUGAACGUAAACCCUAUGCACACGGGGACGAUGCUUGAAAGUAACGUUUCCUUGAAGCUGUGCUUCAGAAGGUCAGGUUGCUGUUCAUCUCAUUCUAAGUGACUUUCUUAGGAGCACCAUUUGAAUAGCUGCCUUAUUCAUUCAAUAAUGUUCCAGGUUUUAUUCUCACCCCAUAAACUUGUAAACCCGUUAUUUGCAUCUCUAUUGUUGUGUAGACCUUUCUCCUUGGUGUGAUCAUUAUUUAAUUAAAGAAAUAAUUAUCUCACACUGCUACAAGAAACAAACAUGGUUAUGCAUUUUUGUAAAGCUGAAUUGUGUAAUGACAUCACAACAGUCUGUUUCUAUAAUUUAUCCGAUGUUUUCCAAAUGAACAUUAAACAUGCAAAGUGCAUUCCUUAUUGGCUCGACCAUUUAUUUGUACCAAUUCCUUGGCUUGCAAUCUGAAUUUCUGGAGUUUGACUUUGCAGAGGAAGAGAGAUGGUGAGGAUAGUUUGGGUUAUAAUAUGAAACUAGCUCUAGUAGCUGCACAAUAAUGAUUUAAGCCCAACAUCAAUCUCAAUACUUAUUUUGUUUGUUGACAAUGCUGAGCUUCUUGCCUGCUCAUGGUUGUAUCGCGAGCGACAUCUUGGAAUCCAGUCUCACAAGUCUCAAGUCUGGAUCUCGAGAGAGAGAGAGGUCUGGACUCGCAAGCAGGUGUAACAAAAAAAAAUACUCCUGUAGCAUAUGAUGCAAAAGCAUGACUUUAGCCACAACAGUGACUAUUAUCGUACACAAUGGUGAUGUGCUGCUGUUAUCCAGACAGACAGGAUACAGCAUAACAAACGUGCACAUGCAGUGUUUGACACCUGCUGUUAUCACACGCUUUCAAGGUGCUUUGUCCGAGGGUAUUUUAAAAUGUAACCCUUAUUGUAUUUUGUUCGUCUUUAAAAUGUAUUU